AUGUGGGGAGGCGAUAAGUGCUGCCGGGGUGUCGACCUCAACCGGAAUUUCGACCAUCAUUGGGCCGAGACCGGCUCCAGCUACGAGCCCUGCUCCAACCUGUACCACGGCGACUACGUGUUCAGCGAACCGGAGGCGUCCUCCGUCCGAAAAUUCCUGGAAACGGAAGAGAUGUGGGGCAAAACGGACGCCUUCCUGACGCUGCACACCUAUGCACAGUUGUGGAUCUACCCAUUCAGCCAUCAAGAAGUCACGUACCCGAAGGAUAUUGACGAAUUGAAACGAACAGCUCGCAGAGCGGUGUCCCGGCUGGAAAACGUGUACGGUACCGUCUACAGGAUGGGAACGGGAGCUGAUACAUUAGCUCCCGCUUCCGGCGGUUCCGACGACUGGGCCAAGUCCAAGAUGCACGUCAAAUUCGUGUACUUGAUCGAGUUGAGGCCCGAGGAGCAUCUCUCCCACGGCUUCAUCCUCCACAAGAAGGAGCUGAUCCCGACGGGCAUCGAGACGCUGGAAGGCCUAAAAGAGGUAUUCGAAUCCGUCCUCGCCUCCAACAACAUCAAGCGCGACCCAUUCGCCAAGAUAUCGCCGGCGAUGCGCAGGAAACAGGAUUUGCGCCGUCGCGUGUUCUUGCAACAAACGGAAGCGCCGACAAGUCCAGCAACUACCACAGCCACAACCAGUGGGCCCCCAACUACCGUAACCACAUCUACCGUACCCAGCACCACCUCCAUCACCACCACCGACGCGACGACGCGUAGCACCAACUUCCGUCCCACCGCGCCGAUGGCCCCGCCCACUUUUGGAGGCGUUACCACCACGGAAAAGCCAAAAACGAAAUCCCCGGAAGAAAUCGAGAAGCUACGCCGCGAGCAGAUCGCCAAGAAACGCGAAUUGGAAGCUCGGAAAAGAGAGCCGCUCGUUGUCGAGUACGCGAUUACCGUAAGAUAUCGGAUCGAAGAAACGAGACGACGGGUUAAAGAAUUGGAGCGAAGAAGAGCCGUGGAAAAAGAGGAGGACGAGAGACGGGCAGAAGAGAGGACGAGAGAGGAUAAGAGACGCAGAGAAAGAGAGCGAAGGCUCGAGGAGGAGAAGGAGCAGGAGGCGAGAAGGAGGAUGAGUAUACAGCAGAGGCAGCAGGAUCAGUGGAGGAGGGACAACGAGCGUCGUCUCGAACAAAUCCGACUCCGCGAGGCCGAGGAUCGACGUAAAGAGGAGCAGCGCGUAGCCGAGGAGGAGCGACAGAAAGAAGUGGCCAAACUGGCUGAGCUCGAGAAGAAAAAGGCGGAGGAGGAACUGGAGAAGGAGAAGCUCAAAGCCAUCGAGCCGAUCGUGCGCGUCGCCCGCAAGCUGGUCGACGGCCGCAUCGAGGAGAAGGAGGUCGAGGUUUUGGAGGCCCAAUCCGACACCGGCCGCUCAGACGCUUCAUUGGUUACGGUAGCCGUAAUCGAGCUUCCACCGAAGUCGAGCACUGCCGCCUACACGACCUACUCUCCGCUGCGCAUCCCACCAAAUGCCGUCACGCAGAGUUAUACGAGUAGCCGCGACCAGCCGUUCCCCGACAUGCCGGAGGUCCGAAUUAUCCCUGGCCAACUGCCAGCGCACACAAAAUCGACGUAUCCACCACCUCGGAUCACUCAAAGAACCGACGACCGCUACACGACUACGGUCCCGAUCGCGUUCCGGGACCCGUCCUGCCGAGAUCUCCGGUAUUCGUGCUCGUUCUGGCUGAAGAACUCGCCGGAAGUGUGCGUCACGCAGCGCUCUUUCAUGCGCGCCCAGUGCGCCUACACUUGCCGCUUUUUGCCAGCCGGCCGGCGAGGCGAUCAUGGAUUUGUCAUGGGAAACGAUGUUCUA